UCCCCAGCCUCUCUUCCUACUUUAUUGUGUAUUAUAGCAAUUUCCUCUGCAGCAGCAGCAGCAGCAGCAGACUACUGUGCAAAAGAGGCUCGGUGCAACAAGUUUUGCAGGAGCCGUCGGCACAGGUUGGGCUCGCUUUGGCUGGAGCGCCACUCAUCUAUCUGUCGCUGUCACCACCAAAGUCACUGUACGUGAACGCCGCGUCGCAGGCGCACUCUCUCCAGACACACUCUCACACACACACACACACGCAGAACAGUGUGCCAUAUAUUCGUGACUCCGCGCCAGAUGCAGUUUGCUCCCAACAAGCGCGCGUAGUUGUAGUUAAAUGGAGAUCGCGGAGGCAAGAGGAGCAUCUAAGUGCGUGGAAAAAAUGGAGAAAGAAGUGGCGCCUCAGAAGCGACAGUAUUGCCGCACGACAGUGCUGAACAUUAUCUCGUCUUUAUGCUCAGUGGCGUCCAUCGCCUUUUGCAUUCUUCUGAGCAUUAACACAGCUGAUAUCAAGAGCCGGGUUGUGGAUUUGGAGAGUGGGAAUGACGAGCACACCUUUAUCCAUGCCCCUGGCUACUCCAUGGAUGAUUUUAAUUCAUUGAUUGAGCAAAGAGUGGAUGAGCUGCUCUCUCAGCGCUCCUAUGAAAAUUUUGUCAAGAUUCGGACUGCCAGACAAACCUCACCUGAAUGCAGCUGCCCUCCAGGACCUCCGGGAAAGCGCGGAAGAAGAGGCCGCAAUGGAGAACCUGGACCUCCUGGCCCCCCAGGUCCCAAGGGUGAAAAGGGGGAUCAAGGCGACCAGGGACCACGGAUGGUCUUCCCUAAGAUCAAUCAUGGCUUUCUUUCCGCUGACCAGCAGCUCAUAAAGCGGCGGCUCAUUAAGGGAGAUCAAGGACAAGCUGGACCACCUGGGCCUCCAGGGCCACCGGGUCCUCCAGGGCCAAGGGGGCCUCCAGGGGACACCGGGAAAGACGGGCCCAGAGGUGUACCAGGUCUACCAGGUGAUCCAGGGCAGCCUGGAGAGACGGGAGUCAUGGGACCUGAGGGGCCACAAGGGCAGAAGGGUUCAAUCGGGCCUCCUGGCAUCCCAGGUGUUGAUGGACUGAAGGGGGAUGUUGGCAUCCCAGGAUUUGACGGUGUCCCCGGAAUCAAGGGUGAAAUGGGAGAGCGAGGUGAAAAGGGCGAUAUGGGUGAAGACGGACCGAAAGGUGAUACAGGAGAGAAGGGAGAUGCUGGCUCUUCAGCAGCAGGCAUCAAGGGUGAACCUGGAGAGCCUGGACGAAGUGGACUAAAGGGAGAGCCAGGACUUCCAGGGCUGCCUGGACUCCCAGGGAUAAAGGGUGAGCCUGGAUUCCUCGGUCCCCAGGGAGAGCCAGGGCUUCCAGGACUCCCAGGAACUAAGGGUGAGAGAGGCGACCACGGGCCACCAGGAAAGGGUGAAAGAGGAGACCUUGGACCUAUUGGACCAAAGGGUUCACAAGGAGAGGCUGGUAUACCUGGUGCCAAAGGGUCAAAGGGGGAGACUGGAGAUAAAGGAGACUUGGGGUCUAUUGGACCGAAGGGCCCCCCUGGGCAGAAAGGAGACCAAGGAGCCACUGAAAUCAUCGACUACAAUGGAAACAUUCAGGAGGCUUUACAGAAGAUUACCACUAUUACAGUAACGGGUCCUCCUGGACCUCCUGGGCCGAUGGGGCCUGACGGGAAGAAGGGCGAUCGCGGUAUGCCUGGUCUCCCUGGACUCGACGGUGAAAGAGGCUACAAAGGUUCCAAAGGAGACAUGGGAAUGCCUGGAGCUUCAGGGGAUAAAGGAACAACUGGUUUACCUGGCCUACCUGGUGUCAAUGGAGUAAAAGGAGAUAAGGGUGAUUCAGGUCUACCUGGGCCUCAGGGUUCUUCAAUCACUGGACCUCCAGGGCCACCAGGGCCCCACGGACCCCCAGGGCCCAUGGGCCCCCAUGGUUUCCCUGGACCAAAGGGGGAACCUGGUUUGCACGGUGUGAAGGGUAUCCGAGGGGAACCAGGACACAAAGGGGAUCGUGGUCCACUGGGUCUCCCCGGAGCCUCCGGCUUGGACGGCAAGCCCGGAAUUAGGGGCAUGGAUGGGCCUGUGGGUCCAGCUGGUCCAGCUGGGCCGAAGGGUGACAUAGGUGAGAAAGGAGCAACAGGCGAGCCAGGACCAAGGGGACCGUAUGGACUACCUGGAGCUGCUGGAACACCAGGCUUGGAUGGGUUGCCAGGCUUAAGGGGAGAGAAAGGCGACGUUGGGGAAAGAGGAGAGAAGGGUUUCCGGGGAUUUAAGGGUGAAAAGGGGGAACCAGGGCAGCCAGGUCUGGACGGGCUGGAUGCCCCAUGCCAAUUGGUACAGUAUUUCUCUUUUUCCUCCACCUCGUGACCAUGCAUGCCGCUCACCUGCAGUCAUCACUGACAACAAAAACCACGCAUGACUUGAGAGCUUGACAGGCAUGAACACACCUCAUUUUAUUCACAACUACAUUGUCCAUUUAUGACUUGUUAAAAUGCACCAACAUAUACUUCACUAACUUGCUAAACGCAAGCAGCCUCUUUUAGAUGAUACACAUUAUUACGUGAACUAUACAAAAUAAACAUGAGUAUUGAUAUAACUGAUAAUUAAAUCUAUCCCUCUAACUGACUCCUUCCAUUCCCUUGAUUAAAACUGGAGACAAGUUCUGCUGAAAUCCUGUUAUCUUCCUGCUGACUUCUCCAUGGACCCAGUUACCUUUUAACCUGAUGCUAACACAGACUCCUCUACUGAUGCCCAUACUGCCGGCACAUGGACCCCUCUGUUAGUCUGUUAACUCCCCCUUUCCCCUUUCUUGUAUUUGUACCAAUUGGGCCAGACCAUGAUGACAAGGGAAACACAAUAGACUAAACAGGUUAUUGCUCCAGACCUAUUCAAGAUGAGAAAAUGAAUUUUGUUUUCAUGCAUUUUUUGGUGUUUUCUGCUUUUGGAAAAACAAAAACAUUGCUGUGUUAUGCAUUGAAUUUUUGAGUAGAGAUGUUAGGGGUUAAUGUGUAAGAGAAGUCAUAGCAUGCAGUGUGUAGACAAUGAAAUAGUAGGUAAGAAAACAUUCAUAUGUCAAAUAUGCCAUCUCAUUGAACUACAUCUACAUUCAUUUAUUUGAACUAGCUGCAAUAACGUGAAGAUAAACUCCCUGAUUUUGUUCUAGUGUCCCCAAAUCGAGCUCAGUUUUGUUUUGAAACUCUACUGCGGGGCAACUAUUAUAAAAUCACAGAGCAGUAUCAUCGACAUAUUGAUGUGCAUGAGCUGUAUUUUGCUGUGUAUUAUGUGCAUGAAUGAAGAAUACAGUCUUGCAGUUGUCAUUACAUGUAAUAUUUCACAUGAUUGUAUCAUAACACGGGACACUGGGGAAACUUUCAAUUUUGAAAGAAAUGUAGAUCAGUGGUCUCUGAAAUACUUUUAAUAUGCUCAUAUGUUAGAGAGAGACAUACAAACCAGCAGACUCACAGUUUUCUAGCUCCAGGGGGGUACAGUAGUUACUGUAAGUUAAGUUUCUGUUACGUAAAGAUCUUUUUGAGGAAGUUAAUUACACACCAAGUGCACUAGAUCAGAGAAAGUCCAGUUCCUCCCUUAACCCUUUUAAAUCUGGAUCAACAUCUUUCUUGUGCUAUGUUCAGAUGAUAUCAUAAACAUUUAAACUGUCGAAACCUGCAAAAAAAUUGGUUUGACUUGUAUAGAAAACAUGGGUAAAAGGCAAUGAGCAUAGUUAGAAAACUAUCCAAAAAAAAAAAAAACCCUAAGGAAAUGUAUAUUUAUAAAUAUAUAUUAUUAUUAUAUUUAAAAUUGUGUAACAGAAAAUAGAUAUGAUUCUAUUUAUUUGAUUUUUAGCAACCC